AUGGGCAAAAACUUGUUCUCCAUCCCGAUUUUCUUCAUCGUCUUCCGCGAGACCCUUGAGGCGUCAAUUAUCGUCUCUGUUCUACUCGGUCUUGCUGAACAGAUCGUGUAUGAGGGGCCUGGCCGGCUCGCUAACACGGCUCCCAGCCAUGCCUCUUCUGAUGACAGCAAGGAGGAAGUCACGACCAAUGACCCCGAGGACGACCCCGCACAACGUCGCGCUAUCAUUCGCAAGCUCCGCAUCCAAAUUUUCGCUGGUGCUGCGCUCGGCUUGCUACUCGCUCUAGCCAUUGGGGCUGCCUUCAUUGCGGUGUGGUUCACCCAGGCCUCGGACCUUUGGGCAAAAUCAGAGGCGCUCUGGGAAGGCAUUUUCAUGCUCAUCGCAUCUCUAAUGAUAUUCGUUAUGGGGGUCACUAUGCUCCGUAUGGACCGAGCCAAGGCCAAGUGGCGCGUCAAGCUCGAGCGUGCCUUCUCCAAAAAGGCCCAUACCGAUGGGUCAACCAAAGUCGGACGUUGGGCUCUAUUCGUUCUCCCCCUUAUCACCGUACUUCGAGAGGGCAUGGAAGCCGUCGUAUUCGUUGGAGGCGUGUCUCUGGGCCAGCCCGCGACCUCUAUUCCAAUUGCCACUAUCGUUGGACUUAUUUGUGGCUUGAUUAUCGGCUUCCUCGUCUACACUUUCGCGUCCCGGACAACCCUCACUAUCUUCCUCGUUGCCAUGACCAAUCUUCUCCUUCUCAUCGGUGCCGGACUCUUUUCCCGUGCGGUUUGGGCCUUUGAAGAGAAUGCGUUCAACAAAUUGCUGGGUGCAGACGUUGAUGAUGCUGGCGGCAACGGACCAGGCAGUUUCCGCGUUCAAGGCAACGUGUGGCAUCUCAAUUGCUGCAAUCCUGAGGAUAACCUCGACGGUCAAGGCUGGAGCGUCUUCAAUGCCCUAUUCGGAUGGACAAACAGUGCUUCGCUUGGAUCGGUCCUGUCCUACGUCUUUUACUGGCUGGCAGUUAUUGUGACGCUUGUGGUGAUGAAAUUCCGCGAGGGCCGUACUACAAUGUUUGGCAAAGAGUCGGAAGCCGGCGCUCGGCGUCGUAUCGCUAGGGAGCGUACAGCAGCAGCAGCAGCAGAGCAGUCAGUGACCGAGGAGUCAAAAUAA